UUAUACGAGUAAUGCUAGAGAGAGAGAUUCUCACCCGUUUAAACCCUCUCUUCUCCCCUCGACCUGACCUGUCGUCGACCUCCCCUCCGGCGGGCUCCGGCCCUCCCACCAUCUCGCGAUCUGCCCGCCGCCGCCGCCAUGGCUUUCGCCGCGCGGAGGAGACUUGCCACCAGCCUCUCCGACCACUUCUCCCGCCGCCUCCACCCCUCCAUCUCGCACCUCAUCCCGCCCCACCACGGCCGCUCCGAAAGCCCCUCCUCCUCGGCCGCCCCGCCUUCACCUCAAUCACAGCCCGCGAGGCCGAUCCCCUCCUCCCUUGCCCGGCCGUCGAGAUCCCGAGCCCUUACCAGCCUCCCCCUCCCCUUCGCGCUCCAUCUCGCGGCCCACCGUAACUUCUCCACGACCUCUUCCGCAUCAGCACCAGACAUCGAUGUCGCGGCAGACAUGCUCACCGACGCCGCCUCCUCGGUCCCUGUCUCGGACCAAGUGGUUUCCGCCGCAGCCUCCGUACCCGUGCCUCCAGCGCCGUACGCGGGGGAGGUGGCUGCCGCAGCAGCCGAAUCAUUUCCCCCGGUCGCCGCCCUGCAAUACCUCCUGGACGCCGUGCGGUCCUUCACUGGCCUCAACUGGUGGGCUACUAUUGCGCUGACGGCAGUGCUCAUCCGGUUACUGACAGUCCCAAUGCUCAUCAACCGGGAAAAGUCCAUUAUGAAGUUAAAAGACAUGAGACCAGAAGUUGAAGCCAUCAAUGAAGAGAUGCGAAAUUCAACUGAUCCAAGAUCAAAGAAAGUGAGGAGACAGAAAUUGCGUGAGCUAUUCACUAGACAUGGUGUGACUCCAUUUACACCAUUGAAGGGUCUAUUCAUACAGGGGUCUAUAUUCAUGAGUGUUUUCUUUGCUAUAUCUAACAUGGUUGAGAAAGUCCCUUCUCUUAAAGGAGGUGGUGCAUAUUGGUUUACUGAUUUGACAACUCGUGAUGAUCUUUUCAUCCUGCCAGUGUUAACAUCUAUAUCAUUUUUUGCUACAGUAGAGAUCAAUAUGCAAGAUGGUAAGGAAGGAAAUCCUGUGGCAAAAUCAAUGAAAGAGUUCUUCAGAUUUUUUGGUGUUAUCCUUGUUCCAUUUACAAUAGGCUAUCCAAAGGCAAUUUUCUUUUACUGGGUCACAUCGAAUUUGUUCUCACUUGUAUCCGGUGUUGUUAUCCGGAGACCAGCCAUAAGGCUAUGGUUGGAUCUUCCUCCCUUGAAAUCUCAGCCAACACCUGCACGAAUGCAAGCCUUAAGCCUCUUUGGUGGACCUAAGCCAAGUCCUAGAGUUAAUUCUUCUAUCGCAGACAAGGAGGGCGAGCAAUCUGGAGUUGAUUCUCCUAUUGCCGACAAGGAGCGCAAGCAAUCUAGCUCUGUGCUCAUUUACCGUAUCAGAGAUCUCGAGAACAGGGCAAAAUCUAGAGGUGAGUCUCAAGAGUAGUUCCUGAUUUUUGUGCACAUGGAAUUAAAGAAGCACAACUCCUUUUGGGUUUUGUAACUUCAUGGUGGGGGCAAAGGAUACCCGGUUUGUGUGCAUUGUAUUGAGGUUUGAUUUGGGAGAGGUGGCUGUUUUUCAGAUCAUGGGUCCACUGUCGUUUCAGUGAAUAAAUUGGAGCAAUUUUGGCAUCUGUAAUUGUUUCAUAAUACGAUAUAACCUAACUAGCUUAACCAUAGCUAAGUAUAGUGAUUCUGCCGAGCA